GAAACGAAAAAAAAAAAAAAAAAAAAAGAAAGAAAGCAAAAGGGGAAGGGAAAAUGUGAGCGUCCUCGGGGGAGGGAGGGGAAUCGGGAGGUGGGCCGGGCUCGGAGAGAGGGCUCAUCCCCUCUGCUCGGGGCUUCAUAGACCGGCCGCUGCCAGCCCGGUGCCACCGAGGCCCUGCCCUCCGUUCGUCUCUCCACCGCUCGCAGCAGCUCCCCGGACCCAUCCCAGAGCGUUCCCGGAGCAUUCCCGGAGGAUGCUGUGCGCGGGGCUGGCGCUGGCGCUGUGCGCGCUGCAGCUCGUCCCGGCCGCGCUCGCCGGGCCGCAGCCGCAGCUGCUGGUGGAGCGCAGCGGGGCCCGGCGGCUCAGCAAGGUUGGUGGCUUUGCCUGGGAGAACUGUGGUGACAAGAGGGACCCUGUGGUGCUGCAGAGCCUCUCUGUGGCACCCGACCCCAUCAGCAUUCCGGGGAGCCUGCGUGUCAGCGCAGCUGUCAAGAGUGGCAAGACCAUGGGUUCCCCUCUGAAGGCAGUGCUGGUGGUAGAGAAGGCACUGGGAGACCUCUGGAUCCAGCUGCCCUGCAUUGAUCAGCUGGGCAGCUGCACCUACAACGACGUCUGCAGCAUUCUCGAUGAGCUCAUCCCACCCGGCACGCCCUGCCCGGAGCCCCUGCUGACCUACGGCAUCCCCUGCCACUGCCCCUUCAAAGCGGGCUCCUACUCCCUGCCAGCCAGCGAUUUUGAUGUGCCCGAUGUGGAACUCCCUUCCUGGAUGACCAACGGCAACUACCGUGUCCGGGUGGUGGUCAGCAAUGGCGGGGAGGAGCUCAGCUGCGUCAAACUGGCCUUCUCCCUGCACUCCCAUUGAGGAGCUGCACUCCCAUCCCAUCCAGUUGCACCCCAUCCUGUCCCAACUCAUCCCUUUGAGGUCUAUCCCUCCUGAUGUCAGGAGGAGGCAGACCUUGUCCCCUCCAUCCCCAGCGCCUCCUCCCCUGCUACACCCAGAGAGGCCCCUUUGGCUGUUCUGCUGUUCCCAAACCCAUGACCAGGCUGUCUCCUGCAUGGACAGGGUGGCCUUGGUGCCUAACUCCAGCAUGACCUGGGGUUGUUAAUUUUUUAUCCAGUUUUUUUUUUUUUCUUUAAUCCUAUCAGGGUGAGUUUAGACAAAAACAUUCCAGGGAAAAGCAGUAUUUCUUGGAGCAGUCUGUGGGGUGAGGGAGUGUUUGGGAGUGGAGGGAUUCUGCACUAGUUACAGAGGGUGUCCCUGCUUCCAUUUCUGGCCAGAGCAUGGGGCUGUUUUGCAGAAGUGUCCCCAAAGUGGCUGCAGGAGACCUGACUCCACACAGCAGCUCUGAAUCUCCUGUUGCUGCAUCCCUGUCCUGCACGGGGAACCAGCUUGGUGGCACGAGGCACCUGUGAAGGCACCUCCCCAUGCCCUCCUGUGGCAAACAUCAGGAACACAAGAGGAUGGAAACCACCUGAGCCCCACAUGGACAUUCCCACUGGUGAUGCUCCCAGCAGCAGAAGAGGUUGCUGGUUGAUGGCUGUGCUUGGUCCAGAGGGGACAAAAAGCUGUGAUGAGCUGCUGGGGCACAGCAUGGCUCAUCUUCCACUCAUCUCAUUUUUUCUGUGGGAGUGAGCUGAGGCAGGAUGCUGCACUUGGGACUGUCCUUCCCCUGUGCUGGCAGAAGCACCCAAGAGCAGCAUCCUGACUAUGGGAUACCUGGGGGAAGACCAUGAAGAACAACAGCCCAGAUCCUAUCUGGGGGCAUCCUGGCGGUGGCUGGGGACUGUCAUGGGAGCAGGCAGCAUCCUUCUUGCUGCAGCUUUGGGCAGGGUGUGAGCCUGUCAUCACAUCUGUGCCAGGUGCCACCAACCACCCACAUCCCUUGCUGUCCCUGCCUGCUUGUGUUAUUUAGCCCCUCGAUAGGGCUGGUCUUCUACAAGCACUUUAUAUGCCUUAACUGCUGUGGGUGUUCCUCCACCACACAGAUGUGCUCCCGCUGCCUUUCUGUGCCCUCCACUUGCUUUGUUUCACCCUGUGGCUUUAGGAGAAGCACUAAUCCUCUACCCUUGCUCCCCUUCAGUGCCAGGGCAGCAACCUCCUUUUGGGCAGGUUCUGCAGGUUCUUAAUAAAUCUUUUUAUCAGGA